AUGAGUCUUUUGGUUCCUACUUUUCCAUCAGUUCCUAAGCCAAAGAAGUGGAAACCCUUGGUUUUAAAAUUAUCUUUGGAACCAGAGGCCUUUGCCUGUAAACCACCGGUGUCGCCAACUACUCCAACAUUGAUUGCUGUCACAAGUUCUUCGACUUCAAAGGCCAUGGUGCAGGAAACAAUUUCUCCUUCACCUACCAUGACUAAAGACAUUUUUCCUAAAACAACUUGUUCACCUUCAGUUGACCCUUUCACUGGAGAGCUUCCAGAAGUUUUUCUGCAGAGGCAUGUGCAGACGACUUCAGACAGAGUGAGUGGUGCUGAGCUGUACACUGAAGCUUGUAAACAAUUGGGAGUAGUUCCCGUCACAUAUUUCAUUCGCAACAUUGAUAGCCCUCACAUGAAUCUAAAUCACCAUGGACUGGGACCCAAGGGAGCCAGAGCCCUGGCUAUUGCACUGGUGAACAAUAACAAGAUAAUAAGCAUGGGACUUGAAGAUAAUUGGAUCCUUGGAGAAGGAGCCAAAUACUUCGCAGAAAUGUUAAAACAGAACUGCUUUAUUCAAGAUUUGAACCUAUCUAAUAACCAUUUGCAAUAUCAGGGAGCUGAGGCCAUUGCAAAGCUAUUACCAGACAACAUUGGUCUAAAAUCCAUCCAACUUUCAGGAAAUGAAUUUCGAGAAGAAUCAGCCAGGAUUCUUUCAGAGUACCUUUCAUUUAAUUACAGAAUCAAGGAGCUGGAUUUGAGUCACAAUGAAUUCUCUGAGAAAGGAGGUGAGCUGCUCGGACAAAUGCUGGCCAGUAAUGAGGGUCUGGAGGUGCUUAAUCUAAGUUGGAACCACUUGCGGCUAAAGGGAUCAGUGGCUGUUAGUGCAGGGCUGAAGGUGAACACAACAUUAAAAUCCCUGGAUCUUUCAUGGAAUGGCUUCGGAAAUGAGGGUGCCCUAGCACUAGGGGAGGCACUGAAAUUCAACAAUGUGUUAUUGCACUUGGAUGUUAGCAGCAAUCACAUCACUAACGAGGGGGCACGCAUGCUAUGCAAGGGACUAGAAGUCAAUGACACUUUGAAAGUUCUGAAGCUAGCCCUGAAUCCGCUGACUGUCGAAGGUGCAUUUGCUCUGCUGACCACUGUGAAAAAUAGUCUGAAGUCAGUGCUGGAGGAACUUGACCUUUCUAAUGUGCUAGUGAAUGAAAACUUCCUGGAGCUGCUUGAAGCCACUUGUCAGGAGCGCCCAAGCCUUCAAGUGAAAUAUGGUGGAGUAGGAGGCUUUAUUGCAAAGAAACCUAAGCGCCGCCCUGAUCCAAUGAAAAUCAUUCAGGUAAUGGCUAUAAAAGAGAAAUUGUACCUAUCAAAGUAUUUUUCAAAAGUUCAUUUAGACAAAACAAGUUUGUGCUGGCUUGGUACAACCUACAAGAUUCAGGUGCUGGAUUUUAUUGUGAACCACAAUCAGAAGACUGAAAGAUCUCUAAAUUUAGAGGUUGGAUGUGAAGCUCAUGGGAAGUGA